CGGGUUUCAGGUGUCGGCUGACUCCAGAGCGAAACAGUAAAGCGAAGGAGGACUUUUCCUUGGAGGACAGACUUCAGUCUUCAGUUUGAGGCCGCGUCACUGAUCUGCGACGUGGAGUAUGCGGGCGGCGCAAUGGCAGCUAACGGGCCGAGCACAUCCAAAACGACCCAGCUGUUAUCGACGCAUGACCUCAAACUAGCGUGCUCUAAAUGUGCCGUCAAAGAAGGUGACGUCACGUACAGGCUGACCUCAGUCCAGCACCAGUGUGCGCGCGACCUGCUCAUCUGCAAGGCCAAAGCUGGCAGCAAAUGGCGGCCCGUUUCCAGACGGCCCAAGUUUCCAAUCCCGUUUAGGUAUGAAGUGUGCUGGUACUUUGUGGAAGGCUCCGGCUGCACGAAACACAAGAACCGGUGCACGUACGCCACAAGUGAUGAGGAGGCGGCGGUGUGGAACUUUGAGAAGAGCCAGGGGCUGGACCACGUGUCCAUCUGUAAGCUCCUGACUCAGGGCAACGGAGGCCCCGCUCGCCUCAACAGAGCCGAAUGUCUGGAUGACCUCUUAAAGGCUUUAGAGCUGAAAGCUGCAUGUUCUCUGUGUGCAGUCAAGCAGAGGGAGAUCACCUACACGGUGAGGUCAGUCCGUCACCGAUGUGGCAGGGAUCUGCUCCUGGCCAAAGCCCUGGGCUCCGACCGCUGGAGGCCCGUGUCUGACCGGCCAGCCAUUGGGAGACAUGGCCAAAACGUCAUUUAUCAAGAGUGCAGGUACUUUGUGGAGGACUCUGGCUGCAGGAAAGACGGGCAGGACUGCACGUUUGCCAGGAGCUUUGAGGAGGCGACUGUGUGGAACUGUGUUCGAGACCUGAACAUUGAUAACGGCAAGCUAAUCAAACUCAUCCCCGAGUCCGAGCCCACGUGGACUCGGCUAGAAGAUGCAGUCGAAUACAUCCUCCAAGAGUUUUCAGGGGAAUUCCUGGAGCUCUGCGGAGACUGUUUUAUCUCCAGACAACAAAUAAGCGUCAAAAAGUGGAACGGCAUGUGCUCGGCAGACGCAGCGCACGCCUGGAGCCCCAUUUUAGUUCACCACCUGUCAGAAAGUCACGGGAAGGAGAUCUACAACGAGGUGCGGCCGCUCCCGGCGAACUGCAGGCUGGAGUUCUGCAGCCACGUGCAGGAGGGGAAGCCCUGCUGGCACCAGGCCGGCCAGUGCCAGGCGGCCCACAGCGAGAUGGAGAUGGCGGUGUGGCGUGCGGAGGACGGCGGGCUCUCGGUCCGUCCUGACCUGCUGAAGCUGAGCGGGCGGCAGCAGACGGAGCCCAGACAGGUGACCUUCUACUGCAGAGCCUGCCUGCUGCACCUGACCUCGCCUGAGAGUUUCUACAACCACUGCGCCUCCAGGGAGCAUGCCAAGAUCAUUGCUGAUGACACCAGCAUCAGGUGGAGGCUCCGGCCGCCGCCGCACAACCACCGGGCCCAGUUCUGGAUGUGUGACAGGCCUAAGACCUGCGAGUACGGCGUCAGCUGCGUGAAGGCCCACUCGGAGGAGGAGCUGAAGGAGUGGCUGAUGCGAGCCGAGGAGGAGGAGGAGAUCAGACACAGCGUGGAGGCGCGAGGCCUCAUGAGCUACAGCGAGAGCCUGCUGGAGCAGUACAGACACUGCAGCAGCGAAGUGCACAUCAUGGCGGAGCAGGUGGACGACGUCAGCGUGACGUGCAACCAGGAGCUGUGCGUGCACCGCCAGGAAACCACGGCGACGCUGAGUUGGGACUUCCAGGUCAACACUGAGAGGCAGCUCGUGCACGUGGCUCUGCUGAAGCAGGAACCAGGAGCUUCGUUCUCCCUCGGGCCAGUUCACCCCGAGCCCUGCAGCUACUCCUCAGGCGAACGCUUCUGGACCUCAGACUCCACCUACGGCGUCACCGUGUCCUUCGAGUCGGCCAACCCGGGCCUGUAUGAGCAGUGGCUGGUGCUGGACUUCGACAUGAGGCCGGUGCUGCUGCGGAGGCUCAAGGUCAGAGUGGGGCCGCGGUCGGCGGACGACGCCGAGGAACCGGCGGCGAGCUUCGGGGGGCCGUCUCAAAGUGCUGAGCGCUGGCAUCGGGGGAACUGCCUUAUCAUCCCGUGUCAGUCCAGGCGGGAAGAGGAAGAAGAGCUGCUGAAGGAGUACAAGCCUCCUCAGGUUAAUUUUCUGUACAAACCCACCAGCAGCAGGCCGACGCCUCUGAGUCCCCACAACUACAAGGAGAGGAUGCACAACUUCCUGUAUGACGAGGAGCAGGCAGAGGACCAGGUCGUUUCCAGGUUGAAUGUUUGUGGAGAAGUUUCGAUGUCGGCCACUCUGGAGACUAAAUUUGGCACGGUGACGGUGGCUCACGGAGAGCUGGUGGGCUCCGUCUCCAUUCCCUACAGUCUCACCCCGGACACUCCGGAGGGAUUUGCACUGAGGCGAAGCAUCCAGUCCGCCCUUAUAGCACCGGCAUCUUCAGACGACCAAAACACCAAGGUCUACGAAGCCGAAAUCCUGCAGGACACCACCUCCGAGAAGAAAAUUCACCUGCGGCUCUCCAGGAGAUGCUGCUCGGACCUGGCGCUCAGGAGCGAUGAGGUGCGACAGAUGGAGGUGCAGUUCCAGCUGAACCGUCACAAGUUCUGCACGAUGCACAAAGCGGUUGACCUGCUGCCAGACACGCACCAGGUGCUGCCGGACCUGGAGAACUGUGCCGUCCCUGCGCAGGAGGUUCGGCACGACAAGCUGAACGCAAAGCAGCAGUUGGCGGUCGCUUUCGUCACGGGGGAAGCGGACGGGAAAAAAGCCGUGGCGCCGCUGCUCAUUUACGGGCCGUUUGGAACCGGGAAGACGUUCACGCUCGCCACGGCGGCCAUAGAGCUGACGAAGACGCCGCGAAACAAAGUGCUGAUCUGCACCCACACCAACAGUUCUGCAGAUCUGUACGUCAGAGAUCAUUUCCACCCCCUCAUCAGGAAUGGACACAAUGGAAUAAAACCACUUCGAAUAAAAGCAACCACUCACGGGACUUUAACCUUCACUGAUGAGGUCACCAUGAGAUAUUGCCUUUAUUCAAGCGAGGAACAGCGUUUUCUGCCCCCUACAAAGGCGGACCUGGACGUCCACAAAGUGGUCAUAACCACCACAACAAUGGCGAGACAUCUCCACGACCUGAAGCUCCCCGUCGGCUACUUCACCCACAUCCUGAUCGACGAAGCCUCCCAGAUGCUUGAAUGUGAAGCCUUGAUGGCCCUCGGUCUAGCUGGGCCGGACACCAGAGUCAUUUUAGCCGGAGAUCACAUGCAGAUGGGACCCAAGCUUUUCUCGGUGGACGAUCACCAGCGCUCCAACCACACGCUUCUCACCCGGCUGUUCCACUACUACCUUGGCCAAACGUUCACCGCCGCCCAGAAAAGCAGAGUCAUCCUCCACGAGAACUACCGCUCAACCAAAGAAAUAGUGGAGUUCGUGUCCACCCAUUUCUACGUCGGUAGCAACGCCGCUAUCAAGGCUGUGGGGAACGUCAUGGCUCAUCCGGACGGCCACGCUCUGAGGUUCCAUCAUGUGAGAGGAGAGUGCCGGCUGGACACCGCCUCCAUGUCGUGGUUCAACAGUGAUGAGGCCGCCAAAGUGGCUGAAGUGGUACAAGACAUUCUCCAAAACUGGCCACAAGCCUGGGGAUCCAAGAACCAAGCCUCCAUCUGCGUGCUGUCCGAGGGAUGCCAGGUUGGAAAAAUCAGGGCAUCACUUUCAAGAAAAAACCUUUCUCAAAUCAGUGUUGAGAGUUUUGCAACUGUGCAAGGGAAACAAUUCAGGGCAGUUAUAAUCACAGCUGUUCAAACACGUGAGAGCCUGAAAUCCGCUCACUUACAUGGUCUGGAGCUGUUUGAUGACGCCCGUGUGUUCAACACGGCCAUGACCAGAGCCCAGUCCCAGGUGGUCGUGGUCGGAGAUGCUGCUGCCCUCUGCUGCUUUGGGAAAUGUUCCAGGAUCUGGAAGAGCUACAUAGACCACUGCAUCAGCAACGGCAGCGUCAAACCAAAGCAUUUUACCACAGAUUUCUUUGAAAGUGAUGUGAAGGAAAUCGCGAGGUUUCAAAAGUCUGAACCUGUGGAGGAGAGUGCCGUUCACAAUGACGAAAUUCUUCAACAGUUGAAAGAUGAAUCUGAGAAGCUGGAAGCAGAGUACAAUUCAGAUAAUGACAGUGAGAAAUCUGAUUCCUCUAUGGAUCACACACCAUCAUUCAGUAAAGCUGAUGUUGAAAGAGAUAACCUUUUAGAGCUAAAUAGAACUCAACCAAAUGCGUUCAAACAAGGACAGCUGGUCAUGGAGACAUAUGACACGGGUUAUGUCAUACCAUCUGACAACCCCACCAAACGCAUAUACCUGAAAAGAAGGAAAAGCUUUGGAAGGGCUUUCAAUGGAGAUAAAGUUCUUGUGCAAACAUCCAUCUCUGAAGACAGUUCCCAGGAUAAGGUGGUGGGCAUCAUCGAAAGAGCAGAAUCAUCCUGUGUAUUUGUCUGCAUGCUUGAGGAUCAAGACUACUGCAAACCAAAGGUGAAGUUUGAAAGCGAAUUCGUCAGAAAGAUAAUGAUACCCAUCACUAAAAGUGCUCCCAAGAUAGCCAUACUGCUCAGCAAGAAAAAUCACUGCUUCCUUCCAGUAUGGGACCAUACUGAUGGAUACUGGAAGAUUACAGCAUAUGAAAAACUCAGUGAAACCCUCAGACAGAACCAUGUGUUUAUGGUGCAAGUGAUCACAUGGAAAGAAGGGUGUUUGUUUCCCUUGGGGAAAGUUGUAGAUAUUCUUCCAAUUGGAAACUCUGUGCAGGAUGGACUAAGGAUUUUGAAUGAGGAAUUCAAAGUUACGCCUGCUGCACGUAAAGCAAAUAUUUCCUGUCCAGACAAAAGUGAGAGGAACAGGAAGGAUCUGUGUGAUGUGAUCACUUUCACCAUUGAUCCAGGCAAUGCAAAGGACCUGGAUGAUGCCAUCAGUGUCAGAGAUGCCGGAGACCACUUUGAGCUGGGAAUCCAUAUUGCAGAUGUGGUGAGCUUUGUGAAUCCAGGUGAUACAUUAGACAAGGCUGCAAAAAAACGUGGCAGUUCAUAUUACGCCCCCAAGAAACAACCCGUCCACAUGUUCCCAGUAGACUUGAGCACUGAACUCUUUAGUCUUAUGCCACAUCGUGAACGCAAGGUGGUUUCAUUAAUGUUGGAGGUGACAAAGGAAACAAACCAGAUCACUGGAAAACCUACCUUUCAGCUAUCUCGGAUCAAGUCUAACAGAAAGCUAUCCUAUGAAGAGGCAGAAGAAAUGAUCUGUAAAGGAUAUGGACAGAACUCCAGGUUUGAUACAGUGGAAGGUUGUGUCGCAGUGGCUUAUUGUUUUGCAAAAGUCCAAAGAAAGGCUCGACUUGGGGACUGUGCCUGGGCCUACGAUCGGCCCGAUGAGGAUCGACUGCCAGGGAAGCGGAAAGCCCAUCAAAUGAUUGAGGAACUCAGUGUGUUAUUCAACACACGCGUGUCUCAAUUUUUGAUCAGUUCCCAAAAAACCAUGGACUGCACACCCCUUCGAUGCCAGGCAGCACCAGAUCCUGAAAAGAUUGAUGAGCUAAAGAAGACAUAUGGAGAAUUUAUACCACUGUCUUUUCAUAUGAGGUGCAAAGUUAAGCAUGACAAACAAAACCCAACCAGCAAAACCUUCAGCAUACUCACAAAAGUGUGGAAUGACAUCCAGGCUGCUGCCAAAGCAGGAAAUGACAUAGACAAAAUAGUCGACCUCGUUGCUACAGAUGACAUCCACCCUCAGCUUCUACCAGCAGUAACUCAGUACAGAAAGAGUUUUGGUAGGGCUUACGUCAUCCGUUCCAACUCUUGCGCCAAGGCGAAGAUCGGGCACUAUUCUCUGCACCUUAAGUCUUACACACAGGCAUCCUCACCAAUACGGCGGUACAUGGACAUUGUCUUGCAAAGGCUUUUGCAUAAUGUCAUCUGUGACACUUCAGUACAUUACUCUCCAAAAGAAAUUGACAUUUUGUGCAAUCAGUUUGAGCAGAUUGGCAAGGUGGCUAAGGAGUAUGAACAGAUUGCUGAGAUGCUUACCUACGCAGUGAGCAUGAAGAAACAGAAUGCCUUGAAGUUAGCAUUUAUUGUCAGUGCUGAGCCAGAGAGAGAGAGUUUCAGAGUGUCACUUCCUUUCAACAAGAAUGUAUUUCCAGACAGCAUUCCUGUUAUGUACAGAGAUCUGCAAUUGGAGGACCAACCACUUUAUGAUGAGACAAGUAAAUGCAUGACUCUCACAUGGAAAAGACGGGUCUACUCAGCCAGCACCAUGCAAAUCCAUGAUGAGGUGACAAGGCCGCUGGAUUGUGGUCCCUGCACCGAGCUUCCACUGACGACAUGGCAAGCCAUCAUUAAAGCAAUUGACCAAGAAAACUGGGAUGAUGUUAAGGCGAUCAUAAAGAGCGCUGAUACGAAACAACUGAGAAAAACAAAGGUUCUGGUGCCUGGAGCUGUGACCGACACAAGAAGCUCAGAGGAAAAGCACUAUGUUGACCUUGAAGUCCAGCUGCGGCCAGGUGACACCCUACAGAUCCAGAUGUCAUCAGAGCUGAGAAGAGGCUAUCUGACACCUGCUGUGCAGCUGCUGUGCAUCAAACCAAAGUUUGAGGUCUGUGUGGAUCACGUUCACAACCCAAUUCCAUGUUUCUCCAAAUGCGCAGACGAUCCUCCCAAGACCAGGUAUCGUGACUGUGACGAGUAUGUGCGCAUCUGGAAACCACUGUGCGAGAUGGAGUCUGCUGCAACUGCAGUGGAUGACAGCAACAGCAUAGUCAUUGAAGACAUGGUGGUAAACUUCCUCCACAAGCAGGACCGUGUGAUGACAGGGAGCUUCAACCUACCUCUGUCAUACAUUGAGAAAUGGGCCAUUGAAUGCAACCUGGCACACUGCUUCCUUUGCAUACGGAAAAGAAAUGUGAAGUUGAGCUCAGCUCUGGAUCACUCUGCAGAGGUGGACCCGAGCAGUUUCAUCUGGGUGGCCCAUGGUGUCACAACAAAAGUGGAGCCAAAGAAGAGCCCCCCAAAUGAAGAAAAGCAAGUGGAGUUCAACGUCAGUCACCUGCCCAUGGACAACAUUCCAGAGUGCAUCUUCCAGAAAGACACACGCUUCACAGUUGAGAUAAUCCCAAAGCUUCUGCCUGACAUACGGAAAGAAUAUGCCGUCAACAACAUUGUGUCUGCAAACAAACUCGUCCAGAAGAUAGCGCUCGGACAUCACAUUCCAAGAGAAGCGGUGCCGUACAAUGUGCCGAGGAGCCAGCUCAUGAAGAAAGAGCCUCCCAGAGGAAUGCCCAGGCUCAACCCCAGUCAAAUUGAUGCUGUGGAGAAAGCUCUGAAUCACAAUUUCACACUCAUUCAGGGGCCACCGGGGACUGGGAAAACGGUUGUCGGAGUGAACAUGGUGUACUGGUUCUGCGAGAUGAACUCCAGAUACCGGAGGAGAGAUCUCGACGCGAAGGACGAAAACAAGAAAGAGGUUAUUCUUUACUGCGGCCCCUCCAACAAGUCUGUCGACGUUGUUGCAGAGUACCUGUUGAAGUUCGGGAACAACCUGAAGCCCCUCAGGGUGUACAGCCAGCAGGUGGAGCUGCUGGACUACCCCUACCCAAACUGCAACGUGCAGUUCUCUACGAGGUCAUUGCGCCAAGAGCGUUCCAAACCAGAGCUCAGGGACAUCACGUUGCAUCACCGCAUGCGAGAGGAACAAAACCCAAAUUCAGCUGCAAUAAGGGCGUUCGACCUCCCGCGCAGGGAGGUGAUGAGUGCAGAGGAAGUGGGCAGCUACCGGAAGCUUCUCUCCAGCGCUCGGAAGUUCGAACUGGAGCGGCAUGACAUCAUCCUGUGCACGUGCACGGUGUCCUCCACGCCCAGCCUGAUCAAGACGGUCCUCGCCCGCCAGAUCCUCAUCGACGAGUGUGCGAUGGCCACCGAGCCGCAGGCCCUCAUCCCGCUCGUCUGCAACAAACCGGAGAAGAUCGUCUUGAUCGGUGACCACAAACAGUUGCGUCCCAUUGUGAAGAAUGAGCAUGUGAGGAGGCUGGGCAUGGCCAAGUCCCUAUUUGAGCGCUACUUCACAGUCUACAAGACCCGGGCUGUGAUGCUGGACACCCAGUACAGAAUGCAUGAGGAUAUCUGCAAGUUCCCGUCUGAGGCUUAUUAUGAUGACCGUCUGAAGACCGAGGUGGAGCGGCCGAACAGCGUCCUGCUGAUCAACAACAAGCCCAAGCAGAUCAUUUUUGGGGACGUCAGAGGAAAGGAGAUCAGCCAGGUCGUGAGCACCGAGAAGGGCCACGAGAACUCCAAAGCAAACCCCCAGGAGCGAGACAUCGUGGUUGACCUCGCUAAAAGGCUGGUGGAGAAUUCCAGGGUGCAGCAGCAGGACAUUGUGAUUCUGUCGCCCUACAACGCCCAGGUGGCAGAGAUCAGAGCUCACCUGAGAGGAAUCAACAUGGACAAAAUCACAGUUACCACCAUCACCAAAAGUCAAGGGAGUGAGUGGCGUUACGUCCUCAUAUCGACGGUGCGUUCGUUGCCCAACGAGGAGAUCGACCCGGAGCCCGACCGAGCCUGGCUCACCAAACACGUGGGCUUCGUGGGCGACCCCAACCAGAUCAAUGUGGGCAUCACCAGGGCCAAAGAGGGCCUGUGCAUCAUCGGGAACCAGCAGCUGCUGAGCUGCAGCGCCGCCUGGAGGCUGCUCUUCAGUCAUUACAACUCGAAGGGCGCCGUCACCGAGGCAGAGAGGAUCUCUGUCCGCCGAGUCGCCAGAUAACAGCCUGACCCCCGCCUGACCCCCGCCUGCUGCCACUGCAACUUUUUCAGCAGAUUUUGUUAUUAUGACCAACAUGAAGUUUGUAUCUGUUUCUUUUGUAUUGUGUUUUAUAUCAGGGGUUUUCAAAGUGGGGUCCAGGGACCCUCAGGGGUCCUCGAGGGCCUUCCAGGGGUCCUCAGCAAAAUCUGACCUUUAAAUAUAUCACCUUAAUCAUUAGAAAUGUAUGUAUGUAUAUAUAGUCAUUUAUAAUCUAUAAUAUAUUUAUAAUCAUAUAAUCAAUCAUUUUUACACCAUGUUGCUGAAAGAAUUUUAACAGAUUUGCAGGGAAAAAUUGCAAAAGAAUUUCAGGAAUAUUAGUAAAGAAUCAGAAAAAAAAACAGAAAUUUGGCCCAGGAAAGAAAAUUACUUUUAAAAAUACUAAUACAAACUAUAUUUAUAAUGAUUAAAAUUAUAUAUUUAAAACAUCAGAUCAGUGAUGCUGGAUUAUGGUCUGAUUUCUUCUGUUUAACUGCUCAAUGCUUAAAAAUGAUUAAAUAAUUUUUUUUUUAAAAAUCUCUUAAUAUAAGGGUACCUACAGGGCCAGAUGACCUCAGAUGGGGGUCCGCAGCUUACCGAAUGUCAAACUUGAUGUUUGAACACAGAUUUUAUUCUUAUUUGCACAGAAUUUGUUGUUGUUUGUGUUGUCUUAUGGAUUUGAUCUCUUAAAGGUUUUUUGGAUUUUGUUGAAAUGUAAUGAAUUAACUGCUGUCUGAACCCUUUUCCUGCACUUCAGCAUUCCUGCAAAUCUGACAGAUGAACAGAGGCAAUCUGAAGACCAGCAGACCGUUUUCACACGGCGGCCAUCUUCCUCUGACCUCACACCAGCUACCGUUAGCCAGCAGCUAUCAAACUGUUUACAGACAAGUCAUUGUUAUUGAAAUCUGAAAUAGACUUAAUAAUCUGUCUAUAAUACAUACCCAAAACUACAACUCAAGAGAGAUGUAGAAGAGAAAGCCCAGUAAGCACUUUAAUAUACAAAAUUGGAGGCAGGCCAUAACACUUCACUGCAAAAACUCAAAAUCUUUUCCAAGAAUAUUUGUCUUAUUUCAAGUCAAAAUGUCUUAUUUCUAGUCAAAUAUCUCAUUACACUUAAAAUAAGACAUGAUCACCUCAGAAGUACCUUGUUUUAAGACAAAUUUUCACUUGUUUCAAGUGAAUUUUCACUUUUUUCACUGGCAAAUUUUGCCAAUGAAACAAGCAAAUUUUCACUUGAUUGUUCACUGUUGAGAAAAGUGAAUCAAUGAGACACUGAGACUGAAGGCUGUGGCACGGCAGUAAAGGCCAUCUGAAGAUGUGCAGCACUUUUCCACACUAACUUGCAGGUGCAUGGCGGGAAGGGGGAGCCCUGGCCUCUAAAACAGGUGCUUUUCACUGACAAUUCCCUCCCCUUAUUCCUCGUUUGUACCAUGGCACCGUUAUUUGUUUGAUAAGGGAUUUAGAAAGUUUACCUUGGGAGCACAAACACUGCUAUCAGUUGUCAAAUCAGAUUCAUCUGGGGUACAUCUAAUAUUAGAGGCCGCCGGGUGAAUCUGGUCUGCUACGUGGUCUCAGGUUUCUGUCAGUCUGAGGUUUUCUGUCGUUCCCGUUCCUUUCCAAGGACAGAAACUUGUCUUAUCCUGUGUUCACUGUGAAGACGCUGCAUCGUGCCUCAGUUACUGCAACGCCACACGUUUCUC